AAUUUAUAUAAGGUUUAAAACUUAUAUAAUGAAUUUCUAAACUGAAUUUAUUGCUUCAGUAUCAUUCGCUAUGUGCAGAAUACCAAGCUAAGCAUUAGAAUCAAGGCUUGGCAAACUUUCUAUAAAGAGCCAGAGAGUAAAUAUUUUUACUUUGUGGGCCGUGUCUCUGUCCUGACUACUAAACUUUGCCAUUAUAGCACAAAAGCAGCCGUAGACCACAAGUAAAUGAACGAGCAUGUCUGUGUUCCAAUCAGACUUUAUUUACAAAACCAGGAGCUUGGCCAGAUUUAGCAGGCAGGCCGCAGUUGCUGAUCCCUGGCCCAGCCCAACCCCCUUUGACCUCCUCUUUAGAGAUAUAACUGUGAACAAAAUAGACAUGGUCAUGACCCUCAUGGAGUGUUUAUUCCUGCUGGGAAUAAUUCUUUGCUACUGUUAGUAGUUUUGCUUUCAAACCACACCUGUUAAAAAUAGUUGACAAGUAACUUUCAGGGGGAGGCUUUGGAAAUCUAAGUAACUUUACUGAAGAAGGGGUCUGUACUCAGUUCUAUUUAUAUUAUCCACCAGUGUCUGGGGGGUAUUGUGUGUACUUACAUUUGGCAUGUGGGUACUGUUUUUCAGUUGCUCUUUUUUUCCUUCACAUAAUUUCACAUGCAUAUUUCCAUGCAUUGGUCCAGAUUGUAUAAUUUUAGUGGCUACAUAGUAUUUUUUGCUGAGUUAAGGCAUGUCAUGUGGCUGGGGUAGAGUAGGCAUUUGUUAGAUGUUUGUUUGCAGUUGCAGUAAAAAGUCUUCCCAAGUCGGAAAGGACCUGGUUUCUGCAGAACCUCCAUAGUGGAAACUGUUGACUUGUGAGAACUCUAGGAGAGCUGGGCAUAAGUGAUGUCCUCUUGCCAACCUGCUGGGCAACUGACACCCAGCAUCUUGCAGCCAGGAUCUGCCAGGUGCUGCUCUGUGACUGGCACUUUCUUAGCCUCUUUGAGCUUUGGUUUUCUUUGCUGUAAAAUGGGGGCGUCACAUCCAUCCCAUAGAGAUGUUGUGAGGGUCGGAUGAAUAAUCGGGUAAGCGAGAGUACGCUGUGUAAGUGGUAGCUGUUAUUAGUCAGUGUGAGGUGUGUGGCCCGCGCUUAACGUGCAGUUGUUAUUUUGCUAUUGUUACUGACGAGGUACCACUAAUUGCCCUGGUCUAACACUGGACUUUGCCACUGUCCCCUCUGGGCCCUUCCCUCUCUUCAGGCCAGGUUUGGAGGUGCCACCUUGUCACUUGUGGCACCGUGAUUACUCAGCUGGGGAGGUUAGACCCCAACUCACGAACCCAGACUGUUAAUAAAAUCAGGUCAGAGCCUGAAGGCUGACCGAACAGUCUCAUUUACUCAGUUGUGCACGCAUUCAUUAAUGCACCGGGUGCACAGAGGCUCUGCUUUGUGCCAGUUGUGCGGUAUACAGUGGGGAAGAAAACAGGCAUAGUGAUGGGCUUUAAUCAAAUAAUCCCACAGAUAUUUAAUGAUAGACCAUGAUUCGAGCUGUGAAACCACAGUAUAAGGAGCUAGGUUGGGAGGCAAUCUGUCUCUUUUUAUGAUGAGACACUUAAUUUCAUUAGCAAUCAGGGAGUACGCAUCACAGUGAGAUUCCAUUUUAUCCCCAUUUGAUGGGCAAACAUGAAGAAGCUGUGCACUAGCAGGCAUUGGGGAGGAUAUAGAUCAUUAUGGUCUCGCAUGAGCUGCUGGUAUGAGUGCAAACUAAUGCGACUGCUUUGAAAGGCAGUUAGGUAUCACAGGUUGACUAUCCCUUCUCCAAAAUUCUUGGGACCAGAAGUGUUUGGGUUUAGGAUAUUUUCAGAUUUUGGAUUAUUUGAGAUAAUAUAAUGAAAUAUUUUGGGGAUGGACCAAACCACUGCUGGAGUGCAUUGGUGUGAUCAUAAGCUCACUGCAGCCUCAAACUCCUGGACUCAGGUGAUCCUCCUGCCUCAGCCUCCAUGUAGCUGAAACUACAGGCAGGUGACACCAAGCCUGGCUAAUUUUUUGAAAAAAUUUUUUGGAGAGAUGGGUUCUCAUUAUGUUUUUCAGGCUGGUCCUAAACUCCUCACCUCAAGUUAUCCUCCUGUCUUGGCCUCCCAAAGUGCUGGGAAUUACAAGCAUGAGCCACCAUGCCAGGCCAUAAUUUUGUAUAAUAUUUUUCAUAAUUUUGUGGGUGAAUCAAAGUUUUGACUGUAUUUUGCUAUGACACAUCAUAUGAGGUCAAGUGCGGAAAUUUUCUGCUUGCUCAAAAAGUUUAGGAUUUUGGAGCAUUUUGGAUUUUCAGAUUAGAGAUGUUCAACUUGUAUCUUGUAGAGUUGUACAUUCACAUACUGCAUGUCUUGGCGUUUCUACUCUAGGUAUAUAAUUAUCAUGAGAAACUUGUUCACAUGGGCAGCAUGUGUAUAUGAUGUAUCCCAAGAAUGUUCCUAGUAGCACUUUUGAUAGCAACAAAGACCUGGAAACCCAAGUGCCCAUCAGCUGGAAAAUGGGUAAAUAAAUCUUGGUCACACACAAGAUUGUUAUAUGGUAGCAAAAUGAAUGAACAACAUCUACAUGCAUGAAUCUUAGUAAUAUAACAUUGAAUUUGAAAAAGCAAGAUCCUGAAUAUUCUAUACAGCAUGAUACCUUUUUAUUAAAUUUUAAAGUCAACAAAAACUUAAAAGUACAUUUUUAAGGGAUACAGGUUAUACAAAAAGGCAUACAGUUUGGGGGGCAGAUUUGUGAGGGUUCUUCCCAUGCGAGCGAUUCUCUUGAAUGUGUGUGUGACAAACCCCUUAAGUGCAGUGAUGCAGAUGGAGUGAGGAGGGGCCGGCUGGGGUUUUGAAGGCAGAGUAGACCUUUGUGUCAUUGCUUUGGAAACUUUUUUUUUUAACCCAGAUUACAAAAUGUUAGCAAUCAAAGUAAUGACACUACGUGCGUCUGAGUGCGUUUUAUUAUUUUUUUUUCUUAUUACCACGAGUGCCAUUUUUGAUCACCACAAGCGCAGAUAGGAUAUGGGAAACUGUGGCUGUAUCUGAUAUCUAUCGCUUCCUGCCCAUGCGAGGUGCUGCUAGGAGAUCUUAGCUCUGGAGGGCUGUGUGCAGCCAGGUGUUCCGUCCUUAUCACAGGGCCCUCUCACUGAGGGGACACAGAUGUGGCUGGGUGGUGAGGCCUUCUCGGUUUGGUGCCAGGGUUAGCAGGCAGAGCUAGUUCAGAAAUGAGUAAGAAGGGGGCACUUUCUGGUUGUAGGUUUUGGCUCAGAUAUGCGCAUUGAAACUCUUCCUCACUUUCGCUGUUCUUGUUUGAUGUGCCUGGAGACAUCCUGAUCUAAUUUGUGGAAGGACAGAAGGAGGCAGAGGGAGCAUCUUUGUAUGAAAGACCAGCUUUCAGAGAGGAGCCAGGGAAGGGCUGAAAGAAACCAAGAGAUGAGGAAAUUCAAGUUCGAAGAGGCUGAAUGACUUUCCCAGGAUCACGGGGCAUGUAAGAGGGCCCUGGCUGUGGAGGAUGCUGAAGGAAGAGGACACAGAAGCAGAACGACCCUGAAAGAUUCAGCCUCUUAAUCCUGAAACAGAGCCAGGCCUCCUCUUCCCGCCUGCCGAGCAGCAUGAGAGCAGCAUGACCGGCGGCCGGCCGCAGGAGAAGCCCCCAGAGCCAGGCCCCCCACUCAGCCGUCUGCUGCGGAGCUCAAGGUGUGCGCGGCCUCUCCUCACAGCAGUGGUGUUUGGUCCAUACCUCAGCGCGGGUGAGGAUGUAAAAGCCCCCACUCUGCACGCGACUGGCACAGGCCGACGGGAACACCUGGCUCCGGCCACGUUCACAGACAUGUCCGCCGUGGAGUAGUGCAGACACUUUCACUCAGCUUCUCAGGGUCUCAGUCCUUUUGGGUUUGUUUCAUUUACCUUUUUUUAUGGUUUCGUGGCCAGACGUUCACUAAGGCGGACACCAUGGGGGAUCAGCAGCUGUACAAGACCAACCACGUGGCCCACGGUGGCGAGAACCUUUUCUACCAACAGCCGCCACUCGGCAUCCAUGGUGGGCUGAACCACAACUAUGGGAAUACAGUCACGGGGGGUGGCAUGGACGCCCCUCAGGCCUCGCCCAUCUCCCCCCACUUCCCUCAAGACACGCGGGAUGGUCUGGGUUUGCCUGUUGGCUCCAAAAACCUUGGCCAAAUGGAUACCUCGAGGCAGGGAGGCUGGGGAGGCCAUGCGGGGCCUGGAAACCAUGUCCAGCUACGUGGCAACCUGGCCAACUCAAACAUGAUGUGGGGGGCACCAGCCCAGGCCGAGCCCACCGAUGGCUACCAGUAUACUUACUCCCAGGCCAGUGAGAUCCGGACCCAGAAGCUUACUAGCGGUGUCUUACACAAGCUGGACUCUUUCACCCAGGUCUUUGCCAACCAAAACCUGCGAAUUCAGGUCAACAACAUGGCCCAGGUGCUGCACACCCAGUCGGCAGUGAUGGACGGAGCCCCUGACAGUGCCCUCCGCCAGCUGCUGUCUCAGAAGCCCAUGGAGCCCCCGGCACCGGCUAUACCUUCCCGCUACCAACAGGUGCCCCAGCAGCCUCAUCCUGGUUUCACUGGUGGGCUGUCCAAACCAGCUCUUCAGGUCGGGCAGCACCCUACCCAGGGCCACCUGUAUUAUGACUACCAGCAGUCACUGGCUCAGGUGCCAGUGCAGGGAGGACAGCCACUGCAGGCCCCGCAGAUGCUGUCGCAGCACAUGCAACAGAUGCAGCAGCACCAGUAUUACCCCCAGCAGCAACAGCAGCAGGCUGGGCAGCAGCGUAUCUCCAUGCAAGAAAUACAGCCGCCGCAGCAACAGAUGCGCCCCCCACAGCCUCAGCAGCAGCAGCAGCAGCUCCAGCUGCAGCAGCGGCAGGGUUCAAUGCAGAUACCUCAGUAUUAUCAGUCCCAGCCCAUGAUGCAGCAUUUGCAAGAGCAGCAGCAGCAACAGAUGCACCUGCAGCCCCCUUCUUAUCACAGGGACCCGCACCAGUACACCCCGGAGCAGGCGCACGCCAUGCAGCUGAUUCAGCUGGGCUCCAUGCCCCAGUACUACUACCAGGAGCCCCAGCAGCCCUACAGCCACCCCCUCUACCAGCAGAGCCACCUGCCCCAGCACCAGCAGCGUGACGACAGUCAGCUAAAGACUUAUUCUAGCGACAGGCAGGCCCAGGCUAUGCCGAGCUCCCACGGGGACCUGGGGCCGCCUGAUACAGGGAUGGGAGACUCAGCAAGCUCGGACCUGACCCGGGUCAGCAGUGGCCUCCCUCAUCGACCGCUCCUGUCCCCCAGUGGAGUCCACCUCAACAACAUGGGGCCUCAGCAUGAGCAGCUGUCUCCCAGCGCCGUGUGGCCCCAGAUGCACCUACCUGAUGGGAGAGCCCAGCCAGGGUCCCCUGAGUCAAGUGGCCAAGCCAAAGGAGUGUUUGGGGAGCAGUUUGAUGCCAAGAACAAGCUGACGUGCUCCAUCUGCCUGAAGGAGUUCAAGAACCUGCCUGCCCUGAAUGGCCACAUGCGGUCCCAUGGAGGAAUGAGGGCCUCCCCCAGCCUCAAACAGGAGGAAGGAGAGAAGGUCCCGCCGCCUCCGCCCCAGCCGCCACUGCCGCCUCCGCCCCAGCCGCCACCGCAGCUCCCUCCCGAGGCAGAAAGCCUCACGCCUAUGGUCAUGCCCGUGUCUGUCCCUGUCAAGCUUCUCCCACCCAAGCCCAGCUCUCAGGGCUUCACCAACAGCGCCGUUGCCGCCCCCUCCGCCAGAGACAAGCCAGCCAGCUCGAUGUCGGACGACGAGAUGCCUGUGCUCGUGAGGAUGACCCUCUCUCCCCCACACUCACCCCAAGGGGCUGCCCCCCGCACGCCUGCUGAAGUCCCCAGGAAGCAGCAGCCCGGCGCGCCCAAAGCCGAGGAGCCCCUCAAGACGGUGCAGGAGAAGAAGAAGUUCCGGCACCGGCCGGAGCCGCUCUUCAUCCCGCCGCCGCCCUCCUACCACCCGAACCCCGCCGCCUCCUACUCGGGCGCCACCCUCUACCAGAGCCAGCUGCGCUCCCCGCGCGUCCUGGGGGACCACCUGCUCCUGGACCCCACGCACGAGCUGCCCCCCUACACACCCCCGCCCAUGCUGAGCCCGGUGCGCCAGGGCUCGGGGCUCUUCAGCAAUGUCCUCAUCUCCGGGCACGGCCCUGGCGCCCACCCCCAGCUGCCCCUGACGCCCCUGACGCCCACGCCACGCGUGCUGCUGUGCCGCUCCAACAGCAUUGAUGGCAGCAAUGUGACAGUCACCCCAGGGCCUGGAGAGCAGACCGUGGAUGUUGAACCACGCAUCAACAUUGGCUUGAGAUUCCAAGCAGAGAUCCCAGAACUCCAGGAUGUCUCUGCCCUCGCCCAGGACACACACAAGGCCACGUUAGUGUGGAAGCCCUGGCCAGAGCUGGAAAACCACGACCUCCAGCAAAGAGUGGAGAAUCUUCUGAAUUUGUGCUGUUCAAGUGCGUUGCCAGGUGGAGGGACCAAUUCUGAAUUUGCUUUGCACUCUCUUUUCGAGGCCAAAGGUGAUGUGAUGGCUGCUCUGGAAAUGCUGCUGCUGCGGAAGCCAGUCAGGUUAAAAUGCCAUCCUUUAGCAAAUUACCAUUAUGCCGGUUCGGACAAGUGGACCUCCCUAGAAAGAAAACUGUUCAAUAAAGCACUAGCCACUUACAGCAAAGACUUUAUUUUUGUACAGAAGAUGGUGAAGUCAAAGACGGUGGCUCAGUGCGUGGAGUACUACUACACGUGGAAAAAAAUCAUGCGGUUAGGGCGGAAGCACCGGACACGCCUGGCGGAAAUCAUCGAUGACUGCGUGACAAGUGAAGAAGAAGAAGAGUUAGAGGAGGAAGAGGAGGACCUGGAAGAAGAUAGGAAAUCCACAAAAGAAGAGGAGAGUGAAGUGCCGAAGUCCCCGGAGGCGCCGCCAGUCCCUGUCCCGGCCCCCACAGAGGGGCCGCCCCUGCCGGCCCUCGGCCAGCCCUCGGGCUCCUUCGUCUGUGAAAUGCCCAACUGUGGGGCUGACUGUAGAUGUCAUGUCACUCCCUUUCUUCCCCAGGUGUUCAGCUCCCGACAGGCACUGAACGGCCACGCCCGCAUCCACGGGGGCACCAACCAGGUGACCAAAGCCCGAGGUGCCAUCCCCUCUGGGAAGCAGAAGCCCAGCGGGGCCCAGAGCGGGUACUGCUCGGUGAAGAGCUCGCCCUCUCACAGCACCACCAGCGGCGAGACCGACCCCACCACCAUCUUCCCCUGCAAGGAGUGUGGCAAGGUCUUCUUCAAGAUCAAAAGCCGAAACGCACACAUGAAAACUCACAGGCAGCAGGAGGAACAGCAGAGGCAAAAGGCUCAGAAAGCAGCUUUUGCGGCUGAGAUGGCAGCCACGAUCGAGAGGACUACGGGGCCGGUGGGGGCGCCGGGGCUGCUGCCCCUGGACCAGCUGGGUCUGAUCAAACCCAUCAAGGAUGUGGACAUCCUCGAUGACGAUGUUGUCCAGCAGUUAGGAGGCGUCAUGGAAGAGGCCGAGGUCGUGGACACUGAUCUUCUCUUGGAUGAUCAAGACCCAGUUUUGCUUCAGGGUGACGCGGAACUAUAAAGCCCUGCUUGUCGCUUAGAGACAGUGAAAACCCACGGCCUCUGUCUUCAUCAAUCAGGAAACCUGGACUGCCUGCUUGUUUUGUAACCCUUUUAAACUACCUGUUUAAAAAGUGGUCGUUUUAUUCAGGUUUAGGAAAAAAAAAAUAUCCCUCUUCUGUUCCUUUUAUUUAAAGAAAAAUUGUUUUUGUGGGGGUUGGGGGGGGAAUAAAUAAUUGGCACAAUGAUCUUUAAGAGGUGUUUCAUCUGGGCUACAUUCUCACAAAAUCAUCCCCGGCAGGGAAGGACCGGACAUUCAUGUUCCAUUGCUUUCAGAAGUCAACCGUCGUGGUUGCCUUUUAUCCCAAAGCUCACUGUGAGUGUGUGUGUGACGCAGGCUGCCCUCUCGUGCUGGGGCCCUGGGCCAUCUUUUCCCACCAAGAGUUAUUUUUAUUCUGUCCUGACCUCAUUCUGUAGUCUGCAGUGAGCUUGGCAUGUUUGCCAGGAGACUCAGUGCUAAGGGGUAGCUUUCCAGGGGCUCAGCGAGCCUUGUGUUUCACAUAUGUCAUGUGAGGGGUUGACCAAGUGUGAAAAUAGGUUUCCCCUGCGUUGCCUGUCACCCUUUUGCAGGAAUGGAGUGCUGUAUAAUUUUAGGCUUUCACUCCCAGCAGUGAUUCACCAAGGACCUGGUUAAUAGAGCAGUGGUCCUCUUGCAUGCCCCCUGGGGACUGGUCAACUCCAAGUUGUGGGUGGCAGAGCUGUGUUUCAGCAUGAACUGACUAGAGACCGAUCUGGAGGCAAAUACCCGGAUUAUUAAGUUGUCAGGAGGAAUGCUUUCUGUUUAGGGUGGUUGAAGGGCUCUCGCUGAAGUACCUGGAAUGCCAGGACAUGUUCUUCUGCCCAGAAAAGUAGAUCAGAAGAGCCUAUUCUUUUUUGCAACACCAUUAAUGGUUAGUGGAGUUCUGAAAUUAUACUUUGUGCCACUUGGAAGUACUGUGAAACCCCAUUCGCUUGGAUUUUGCUGUAAUUCACAUCUGCUGGACUGAAGUUUACCUUGACAUUAGCCAUGAGAGUUUUCUAACACAUAUAGUAGCAAAUACAAGAGAAAAAGCAUCGAAGACCAACGAAAACGGUGUCAGGUACACUUCAGCUACAAUGUUUGCAUUCAGACAACGAAUGCAUUCAUUCCAAGUCACUUACCAAAGCACUUCUAGACUUCUCCAAACCACAUGACUUUGCCCUGCCUCCUCCUGUCCCUGCCAGCAGGGUUGCUGUUUAUACUUGAAGGUAAUAAACCUGUAAUGCUUCAAAAAAGUCGUUUAGCCCAGACUUUUGAGCUGAGUCAGACUGACCCAUCCCACUGUUCCAGCAAAAGUCAGACUGGGACGCAGCCCCAGCAGGGAGGAUCCUGCUCAUGGCUCCCCCUUGAGUGUUAAUGCUGUGUGACUUUAGAGCAGGUGUUUUCAGGCCUCAAAUCACCCCACCCCUGGCCAGGUAUGCUGGUUCCCAGCUCCGUGUAAGUGUGGCUAACCUGCUAGGCCACUCUGCUAGCACAUUAAUAGCUUGACAUUAGAAUAUCAGUGGAAGCAUGAGGGUUGGACCCAAGCAUCUUUUAAGUUUGACUCUGCAGAAGCAUUUAGCACACACCCAUGGGGGCCAGCACGGCCCACAGCAGCCCCACACAGGCGGUGGUCUCUGAAUCUCAGGAAAGCCAUGGACGGAAGAAAAAUACAGAGAUUCUUUUCAUUUUCAUCAUUCUGUUUUCAGAGAAGAGGUCUUAAGAGUUUUCCUUCAUCUUUUGUUUAGAGAAUAAAAGUUUCACUUGCUGCCAUUUCGGAAAGGUUAUUCCCUUCUGUGUUUUAUCUAAGCAGUUUUGAGUUAAGAACUGCCUGGGCAGUGUGCAUCAACUUAGUGGCAGAAUGAUGACAGAACCAUUGCACUGUCAUGUCAUUGGCUGAUCACCUGUCCUGGACACUGCUUCCCUCCACUUAACCAGUGUUGGAGGGGGAGUCUAGAAUGGUUCUGCUGUUUGGUUUGUGGAAGCUGAUCUAUCAAAGGAGCAAACAUCCAGAAAACUGUUUAUGAAGCAAAUGCAUUUCUUGUGUUUGAAGACUUGCCCAGCUGUUCCGGUUUUAAACAUUAAAAAUAAACUGAGUUGCCAUGGCAAAAAUGUAAUGCACAAUUUACUUUUAAUUUUCCAUGCAGUAUAGCUUAAGAAUUUUUGACUUGAAAUAACCAAAGAACUCCUCCUUAACGAGACAGUUCAAAUUCCUGAAUUAGUAUUUCUUGACUAUCAACUUAAAGAAUUGACUUCCUAGUAAAAUAUUGCACUUAUUUUUUUUUUCUCUGAAAUGAUUCUGCCUGCAUGUAUGUGUUGUGUUUUAGCUUCCCCCUACUCAACCCCCACCCCAAAGAACUUUUCUUCCUAAUGGUUAAUGUCUUCAACUUGGUUACUGUUUACUAUCAGAUGGUUUUUUUCAUUAGUGAAUUUAGACCUCUUUGAGAAAGCUUGUAUAUAAAAAGUUAACAGAUAUAUUUUAUGGAAAAACCCAUCUUAUUUUCAAAUAUAUUUAACUGCUGUUAUAUUUUAUUAGAGGAAGGUUGUAAAUAUUUUCUAGGAGUUCUAUUGUAAAGAAAAGUAUUUUUGAAAAAAAUUAAUGUAAUAAAAAGGAAAACAUUUUUAAA